AUGUUGAAUUGUGAGGACGUUUUGGCGCUACGACCAGCCUUUUGCAUACUGCACAUAAAAGCAACUAGUCCAGGAGUGGUGGUCAUUGAGGGAGCAGAGACAGGACUUUACCUCUCUAUGAAUGAAGACAGCAAGCUGUACUCUUCAUCAUUAGUAACAGAUGAAAGUUAUUUCUUGGAGAGGAUGGAGGAAAACCACUAG